ACCAGUCAACCACAAAAAAUAAAAAUUUUUUCUUCCAAUAAUCAAAAUUUUUCUAAACGAAAGCUCAAUUUUGUUAUCAUGUUUUAAAAAAGCUUAGAUAAUUUUCGUAAUUCCGAAUCGAAUUUGUUCGAUGGAGAAAAGUGAUUAUUACCAAAUUCGAGUAAUUAUUUUCGUUUUUCAAAGAUGCGAGAACUAUUUAAGGAAAACAAAUUGUACGUAUGUUUGAAAGUUUAAUGGCAUAAAUUCACUUUCAGUGCUCGUAUUAACGUGAUAAUUGGUGAUUUGUGAGAUCCGUUUCAACGUUUGACAGCUUCGAGGUACUUUCCGUUGGAAGGAAACGUUCUUAUGGUGUAAUUUUUGAAUGAUAACAAACUGGACAAAAUGGAAAGCUGUUAUUAUAGCGGAUUAACUUUGGUGGGCUUGUUCAACCAUCAAUCAGAAAAAUCAGUCCAAACGGAACCGUCGCUUCUGGAGACCUACAUGGUGAAAGACUUAUUGGAUUCGAUGAAUAAGCAAAACUUCGUCAAAUACGAAUGCUUCGAUAGAUUGAACAUCAAAGAAUCUAUGAAUCCUGUGAAAUUGGAUAAGCCUAUGGUGGACGAAUAUAUACCUAGAAACGAUGCCAGUAACGCGGAACUGGCUUUUUUCGAGGAACAAUUUAAAGCGCACUUGAACACUCUUAAGCCAUUUGAACAAUCCAUGAACCAUGACUUGAAUCCGCAAGCGAUCGAUCGUAAAAUCCAUAAAGCUGAUAUUAAACAAAAGCCAACGAAUAUGAUGAUGACCAAGUAUAUCAAGGUGGACAACAAAGAGAAAAAGUACAAAUGCGAAACGUGCAGUAAACGUUUUGUAAACUCUUCGGAUUUUAAAAGACAUUUGAAAAUCCAUACGGAUGAAAAACUUUACAUUUGUAGCGUGUGCAAUAAAGGUUUUAGAAGUAAUUCUGAUCUCACUAGACAUACACGAAUUCAUACUGGGGAAAAACCCUACGCCUGUCCUUAUUGUGAUAAACAUUUCAUCUCAUCUGGAGACGUCAAACGACAUGUCAGAGCGCAUACCGGUGAGAAACCUUACGGUUGCAAUAUAUGCGGGAAAUGUUUCGGAAGUAAUGCCGAUUUGACCAGGCAUACGAGAGUUCAUACUGGAGAAAGACCUUACGCUUGUGUCACUUGCAGUAAACUUUUCAGUACGACGGCUGACGUAAAACGACACAGUCGAAUACACAGCGAAGAAAAACCUUACGAAUGUGAAAUUUGUAAAAAGUGUUUCAAAGGAUGUUCCGAUUUGACUAGACAUCGUAAAAUUCAUACUCCCGACAAACCUCAUACUUGCGUAAUUUGUAGCAAAAACUUCAAAUUUAGCGGCGAUCUGACACGUCACUAUAGAAUCCAUACAAACGAUAAGCCAUUCAUCUGUCAAGUUUGUAAGAAGUCUUUUCGCACGAACCCGGAUCUUACGAGACAUUCUAGGCUGCACACCGGCGAGAAACCGUUCAGUUGUAAUGUGUGUUUGAAACGGUUCACCAACAGUACAGAUUUAACCAGACAUAUUGUCGUCUGUGUCGGUGGAAAAUUUGUAAAUCAUCCGUUGAGUACUUAUCCCAAAGUAUCUAGGUGUUCGUGAAGUUCGGCUUAAUUAUUUCUUAAGUACAAAAAUAUGUUAGUCGUUGUUUUUUUUUUUUUGUAAAUAGCUAUCUACGCCUAUCAUUUAUUUGUAUCGCGUGUUUCGUAAAAUUGUGGAUUAUUCGGGUAUUGGUGGUUUUUUUUUGUACAAAUUUUCAACAGUUUCUUUUUCUAGUCUUCCAGCUCUGUUGAGAAAACGUUCGACUUUUAACUACAGGUAGGUUUGUGUGCGUCUCCGUUUACGCAUCAUGUUUUCCUAUGCUCAUGAAUUUUUAUCGAAUUCAAAAUGGAUCACAUUUUGUUAUCUGCGCCCUGGUUUGAAAAAGCGGAUAUUUUUUCGUUUUAAUAUUUCGUUUCUAAUUAGUAUACCUAUUGUUAUGCUUGCCUUUAAAGAAUUUAUAUUGUAAUAUUAUUCUAAGUAUGUAAUGGUUGUAAAUUUUGUUUUAAAUUCUCUAUUUUGUAGCGCGUGCCUUCUUCAUAGCGAAUUUUUCCAGUGAAGGUACUUUUAAGAAAUUCCAAUUUAGUAUUACAUCCGUUAUGUUGUUUUUUUUGUUAAGGUGUAUUUUAUCUCCGACCAAAAAAAUGCGAUACUGUCUUUA